AUGGCGCGAGCCGACGCCACGGCGGAUGCAGCUCCUGCUUCGUCCCCCGCGUCGUCAACCCCCAAUCUCUCGCACGGUCCCGUGGAGGCUCGAUCUCUUUCCUCCAUCACUGCGAUAGCUUCUAAUCCCCCGGCGUAUCCUCGCAACCCUACCCAGAAGAAGCUCGAUCCUCUCGUUCUCUAUAUCGUGCGUGUUCCCGGAAGCAAAGAUGUAUUCCUCACACCGCUCAAGCCACCGACCAAAUUCAGCGUCUCCGCGGAGGCGAUAAACGCCUCCCUGUAUUAUCUCCAUGUUGCGACUCCGGAAGAUGACAUGCUGCUGCAGGAAGUGGAGGAUGAGCAAGAACAACAGGCACGGAUGCAUAAAGAGGCAGCCGGUGAAGCGCCGCCGGAGUUUGCACGGAUGAACAAUGUUCGCCGAAAACCUGUGCCAGGGAGUGGGAAUACUGCGAGCCCUGCUCUCCCCCAAGCUGCAUCUUUCGCUGCGGCGCAGGAGCCGCAGCUGCAGUUGCAGCUGCAGCCGGAGAAUAUUCCGCUGUAUCCUCCAAUUGCUGAUCCUCAGCCUACUUCAACUCCGCCUCGUCCGCUAUUACCCUCAGGUUUCUCCUCCUCCGGCUCCGCUGGCGCUGCCCCUCGGUGGGCUUCGGAUGUCUGCGAGCAGUCUUUUGGGGAUGCACAAGUCGGGAAUACAGCAGAGGCAGGAGCGCCUCAGUUGCCGCCACGACAACCGCCUCGUGGAUCUAGAGAAGAAGCGUUUGAGACGCUCGUCAAUAGUCAGGGCCAGAGGAAAGAUCAUCGAUGGAGUGCGCUUCUGAACAGCCGUGGACUCGAGAGCUGGAAAGAACGGUAUGAAGCGUUGUCCGCUGGUCGUCACAGCUUGGAUUCCUCUCGACCCAAAUUAAGGCCCCAUACAUCUCACGAGUCGUCAUCAUACAUACGCCAAGGGUCCCCGUCUCGAAGCCCGGCACGGUCACCCAACAGGAGACCUCACGUCCGUUCCAAAUCGGCAGAGAGACCCGGCUUUUAUAUCACGCUCAUCCGUCGCGAUCCUUCGCACGGCAGUCAAUGGAACGUGGCAACUAUAUCAACACCUCGGAUCGACGGCGGCGCCGUCGACAUCGAGGUCUCGACACCGGGGUAUAACAGGUUCCUCGCCCGGGACGAGCCCUUCUCGCUUCAGAGUCUCGGGAUAAAUCUGCCGUCGGACGGAAGACCCAUCUCACUAUCCAAUUUCAAACCCCCUACACAGACAGCCUCCACUGAGGUACCGCCCACAGGCACAUCACGGCCACGCCAUUUCCACCGCCAGCUUUGCGUUUCCAGGCCGCAGCACCGGCGCGACGACGACUCACGCGACUUGAUGGAUAUGCCAACCAGCCGAGCUUCUAUAGACACAUUCAACCAUAGCCCAGGCAGACCGCACGGGCAGGGCCACUCCAAGCUCAAAAGCGGCUACUACACCUUCACAUCGCCAUGGAACGGCAUCUGCACCUUCUCGACCAGCGUCAACGGCCGCAGUCUCAAAUGCAAACACCUGAUUCCCACCCCGUCUUAUCCAGGCAACGGGUCGCAUCCCUCGGGACCCGACGCUCCAUCCCCACCCCCCAAUCCAGCCAUCACCGUCGCGGAAAUCCGCUUCAACACCCCUUUCCAGGCCGGCCACCUCCACCGCCAGCCCAGCGCCUCACACAGCUCCCCAUUCGCCCUCAGCCAGACCUCCGCAUUCAAAGACUCCCCCUCCGACACGCUCGGUUACUCCUCAUUCCCUGCCUCGAUGUCCGCCACACAACCCAACCAUCCAGCCUCGAAGCGCGCCUCGUUCGCCCACUUCCUGAAUCCCAACAGCUACACUCGCCCACGCUCCCGCUCCAGCGCCAGCGCCAACAACAACACAUCCCCCCCAACCCCGACCCCACCCCCAACCACGACCACGACCCCAUCGCACACCCGCAAACCCUCCGCCAGCAGCACGAGCAGCGCAGAUGAGCGGCUUGAUCUCUCGCUGGCGCGCGAGCCCGCGGGCGGCGGCAUGCGCGGCAAGAGCGCGAAGCUGGGCAAGCUCAUCAUCGAGGACGAGGGGAUCAAGAUGUUGGAUCUGGUUGUGGCGGCGUGUAUGGCUGUUUGGUGGCAGGGGUAUUACUACUAG